ACGAGCAAGCAGAAGUGCGCCAGCCUCUCGCCGCUGACUAGGAGCGAGAGCCACACACGUGUUGGCUUACUUGCUAAGUAUUCGCGACACGUCGGAACAAGCUUGCUGAUCCUCAUCUCGAGGACCAGGACGACUAAAGCAGCACAUCUGGACAUGGCUUCUCCCAGGGUCGUUAGCAGCUAUGAGGAGCAGCGAGCAGCCGAUACGCUUGGGGCGCCGUAUGAGGUGCCCGGGUCGUUGCUCCGCGGAAUACUGCCGGAGGAGCAGCAGGGGGUGUCGUACCUGAUGGAGUGUCCGCUGCUGUGUUUCGUGAAUGCACAGUCGGGCAGCCGCAAGGGGGCGCAGCUGGCGCUUAAGUUCAGCAGGGCAAUCGGCAAGAUGCAGGUGUUUGACAUCGGCAACCCAGCCUGCUGGCCGGAUAAGGUGCUCGCAAAGCUCUACGAAAACAUGCGCGUCCAGGAGGCGGCGGGUGACCCACGGGUCGCGAUGCUCAGGCAGCGGCUACGGCUGGUGGUGUGCGGUGGCGACGGCACCAUUGCCUGGGUCAUGGGCGCCAUUAAGAAACUCAAACUGGAUCCGGAACCCCCCAUCGCGAUCAUACCGUUGGGCACGGGUAACGACCUGGCUCGCAGCUUCCUGUGGGGCCACGCCUACAGCAGCAAGUGGACGCGGAACAGCCGGUCCAUGUACAAGACCCUCAAUCGGAUCGCGACCGCCUCAGAGGACAGUCUCGAUUGCUGGAGCUUUGUCAUUACAGCGCCUCGGAAAGAUAUGUUUGACCCCAAGAAGCUCCCGCACGGCCUCUCGCCACCACAGCCCACUGCUGCAGCCGCCGCCGCCAACCUGCCGUACGGUCCCAGUACGACAGGCCGUAUCUCAGCUCCCUCUUCCGUACCUGGCGUCUCCGGAUACGGCCGCAUGCACAGCAGCAGCCUUCCCAACACUGCCACCGUUCCCAGCACCACUCGCGACUCUUUAGUUCCCUCGGCGGCGCCGCCGACGGGCGACCGAUCCGUCGCGGCGAGUGUGGUAGCGACCCUUGGGUCGGCGACGCCAUUGCACAACAUCGCGACGAGUUCAGUUGGUUCGGCGGCGACGACGUUCACGACUGCCACCAAUAUGUCAAUGCACACGGGGGCGGCGCAGGCUGGGAACUCGGUGCCGCCCACCAUUGUGUCUGGAGCCAUGAGCACGCAGGCGGAGGAGGAGAGCGGCGUGGGGUGCAUGAUGGGCAUGUUUUGGAACUACUUCAGCGUGGGCCUGGACGCGGCUGCCGCUUGGGGCUUCCACUCGCUGCGGGAGCAGCGGCCCGGCUGCACCUCCUCGCGCCGAGUUAACCAGUUCUGGUACUCCUACUUUGGGUGCGCGACAGGCUGGUUCUGCUGCGCUCAGCCGCUCAACCUCAAAGUGAGCCUGGAGGUGCUCCGACCGGGCCCCGGGGGGGAUGCGGCGGGCUGGCAGCCGGUGAAGCUCAGUCCGGACAUCCGGGCGCUGGUGGUGGUGAACCUGCAGAGCUACGGCGGCGGACGCAACCUGUGGGGUCGCAGCACGAGUGCCGCCGAGCAGCGGAAACGCGGCUGGCAGGAGCCUGCUUACAAUGACGGCACGCUCGAGGUGGUGGGUCUGCUGAGCGGCUGGCACACGGGCGCGGUGAUGGCGUCAAAGGGGGCGCUGCUGCACGGCCGGCGGAUCUGCCAGGCAGCCGGGGUGCGGCUCGCGGUGCAGGCGCCGCAUGGUCGUCCGGACGGCGAGCCCAGCCACUGCUACAUGCAGCUGGACGGGGAGCCCUGGAGGCAGGAGAUCCCCAACCGGGAGCAGGGGUCGCACGUUCGGGUGGAGAUUCGCCACGCCGGCGUAAGUCGCCUCCUGCGCAACGACUCGGCAGGCGGAGCCGCCGCCGCCUCCUCCUCCCCUUCCGCUGCCGCCAGCCGCCACGACGUCGGCGUCAAGACGCCCUCCGCGCCCUCGCCAUUACGUGCCACAAACGCGCCCGUCGUUACCGCGGUUUCGGAACCCGGUGGUUUCCUCAUCGCCGGCGGCGGUGGUGGCGCGGGCGCGCAUGGAUCGACCCAUGGGUCAUCAUUCCCCCUGUCCCAAUCACAAUCCUCAGUCCAAAUGUCAACCCUGCAACAGCCGCUUGCUAGCCCCGCAUCUACGCAGCUGCCGUCGCUGCCGCUGGGGCCGGGCAUGGCUACCGGCGGCGGCAGCAUGCACGGCCCGGGAUCCACGAGCGGGACUGUACUACAGCACCAGGUUUCCGGAGCCACCGGAGCCACCUCGUCUUCGUUGGUUUGGGAGCGUCCGGGCGGAGGGUCGGUGCCUCCGGGGCUGGGGUCGGGGCGCAGGGCAUCAGCGGCGUCGGGUGCGGGUAGCUCUGUUGCAGAGGCGACGGAGGCGGAGGGUGCGGGUUGUGGUGCGGUGGCCUCGGCGCGAGGAGUGGCGCUUGGCUUGAAGCAUGGCGGCACCGGGGCAGCAGACGCCACCAAGUUACCAGGAGCCCCAAGCGGCGGUGUGGCUUCCCCGACCCAGGGCUCCCCGACUCCCAGGACCCUCUCUGGUGACCUGGACUCGCAGGGGCCGCGUAGCGCCGCGAUUACCGAGGCGGCGGCAGAGGUGGAGUGAAAGCGACGGCGGCGGCGGUGCAGUCGCGGGAUGGGGUGAAGAAGCGGUUCGUGCGUGUUACCCUGGCGUCUAGAACUGUGCGGUGUGGGGUGGCAGAGGGGCGAUCGGAUUCAGUUGCAUGGAGCUGUUUGCGAGGGUGGAUGGAUCUCCUUAGGGAAUAGGAUUUAACCACCCUCGUGUUGUUGGGGCAGAGGACGUGAUGGGCUGCCGGGCGUUGAGUUUUGACUGGGUAUUUGUGUCGUUUUGAUGGUUGGGGGCGCAGUUGCGGGGUGAGGAAUGUUUGAUGUGUCGGCCAGGCCCAAGCGGGGGGAAGAGGUAUUGCGCUAGACGCAGCAUAUGGACGAGGGGGAAAGAAUUGCCAGGGAGGCCACGAUCCUCCUAGUAUGUGGACAGGGGAUUCGAGCGAUUCCUGCUGAAAAUGCAGCGCAUGCUUGGAGGAGUGGUGGGUUUUGGGUGUUUUUUUUCGGGUGUUCACUCAGUAAAUUGUAUUGGUUGCAUUGAGGGCGCCAAAGAGAGCCACGAUUUUGGAUGAUGUCACGUAAUGUGUUGUUUGUGCAUUGCAUAGGGUAGCAUCUGUUGCGGGCUAGGAACGUUGCCCUCCUCUGAUAAGCCUCAGCUGGUAGAGCUGAGCGGCUGAUGAUGAGCCGCAUGGCCAACUUACUUUGGUGAUUCCUGCGCUAUUCAUCAUUUAGGGAGAGAGGCCGGUGCAAUGAACACGUAGACACGAGCGUUGCUGUUUUACAACGAAGGGACAUU